GGACAGCAAAUGUGUCACGCUGACGCGGCCUCUGUACUCUGCGUUAAGAAACGAAACCAAAAAUGCUUCAAAUGCGAAAACAAAAUGGAUCUUGAUAUUUUUAAACUGAGCGCAAAUUUUUAAUCACCGUUCCUUAUAUUCGAAUGAGGCAACAGAAGGGAUAGUGUGUGACAGGUGUUCAUGGGGCUGACGGCAGGAUGGCACACUUUGAUACAGAAUACCAGCGCCUGGAGGCUUCCUACAGUGAUUCCCCUCCUGGAGAAGAGAACAUGUUGGUGCAUGUUCCAGAGGGAUCCAAAUCUCCAUGGCACCACAUUGAAAAUCUGGACCUUUUCUUCCAGAGAGUCUAUAAUCUACACCAGAAGAAUGGAUUUACUUGUAUGCUGCUGGGAGAAAUAUUUGAGCUUGUGCAACUGGUGUUUGUGGUGACAUUCACAGUGUUCCUGGCUAACUGUGUGGACUAUGAUAUUCUCUUUGCCAACAAAUUUGUUAAUCACACUGAUUCAUCAAAGGUUACACUCCCUGAUGCUUUUCUCCCAGUGGAUGUGUGCAGUGCUCGGAUCCAUGACAAUGUUUUUGUCAUCUUCAUCCUUGUUAUAUCAGGGGUCUUUUGGCUCCAUCGUCUCAUCAAGUUUAUCUACAACAUUUGUUGCUAUUGGGAGAUCAGAUCAUUCUACAUCAACGCCCUAAAAAUGACCACGACAGACCUUCCUUAUUUCACCUGGCAAGAGGUGCAGGCACGGAUUGUUGAGAUACAAAAAGAACACCAGAUUUGUAUCCACAAAAAAGAACUAACAGAGCUUGACAUCUACCACCGUAUACUGCGUUUUAAGAACUACAUGGUCGCAAUGGUCAAUAAGUCACUGCUACCUGUGCGCUUUCGUUUACCUCUACUGGGUGACACGGUUUUCUACACCCGUGGGCUCAAGUACAACUUUGAGCUAAUUUUCUUCUGGGGCCCAGGAUCUCUUUUUGAGAAUGAGUGGAGUCUGAAACCAGAAUACAAACGUGGAGGGAACCGUUUGGAACUUGCAGAUCGCCUAAGCUCAAGGAUCUUGUGGAUUGGAAUUGCCAACCUUCUCCUAUGUCCAGUUAUCCUAAUUUGGCAGAUCCUGUACGCAUUCUUCAGCUACACUGAGGUGAUCAAGCGUGAGCCGGGAAGUCUGGGUGCUCGAUGUUGGUCUUUGUAUGGCCGUUUUUACCUUCGACACUUUAAUGAACUAGACCAUGAGCUGAUGUCACGCCUCAGUAAAGGCUACAAGGCCUCCUCCAAAUACAUGAACUGCUUCAUGUCACCAUUACUGACAGUGGUGGCUAAGAACGUGGCAUUCUUUGCUGGCUCCAUACUAGCAGUUUUGAUUGCUUUGACCAUUUACGAUGAAGAUGUAUUGGCUGUGGAACACGUGCUAAGCAGUAUCACAUUACUUGGAGUCUGCAUCACAGUCUGCAGGUCUUUCAUCCCAGACAAGCAUAUGGUGUUCUGUCCAGAGCAGCUGCUUAAAGUGAUCUUGGCACACAUCCACUACAUGCCUGAUCAUUGGCAGGGUAGUGCCCACCGCUAUGAGACCAGAGAUGAGUUCGCACAGCUCUUUCAGUACAAAGCUGUGUUUAUUCUUGAGGAGCUCCUGAGUCCCAUCAUCACUCCCUUCAUUCUCAUUUUUUGCUUGCGUCGCAAAUCUGUGGAGAUCAUAGAUUUUUUCAGGAACUUUACUGUGGACGUGGUUGGUGUGGGUGACACCUGCUCUUUUGCACAGAUGGAUGUCCGUCAACAUGGUCAUCCUGCAUGGAUGUCUGCUGGGAAAACAGAGGCCUCCAUCUAUCAGCAGGCAGAGGAUGGGAAGACCGAACUGUCGCUCAUGCAUUUUGCCAUCACAAACCCACACUGGCAGCCUCCUCGGGAGAGCACCCAUUUCAUUAGCCAGCUGAAAGAGAAAGUGCACCGCGAGGCCACUGGGGGUCAACAAGGAAUCUUAACAGAAAAUCCUGCAUUCACCUCAACCCACUCUCUACAGUGUGAUUCAGAGCCUCGCAGUCUUAUUGCAAAUCUCCUGAUGGGACCCCCCUCCUUGGCCUCACUGCAUUUGGGUCGAGAGGGCUCCAUCAUCAAUCCUGUGUCCAUUGGAUUCAGUGAAGGAGUGUCCGCUCUCCGGUCUCUCUCUCCUGUCAGCACAAGUAUACACCUGCAGGGAAGCUACCCAUCUGCCAGGCUGCCACGAUCUGACCAUCCAGCUGUGGUAGCUGGCCGGGCAAUGGCAGGCUCAGGCACUGAUGCUCGUACUGUCAGCUCCAGCAGUAGUGUCUGGGAAGGCCAGCUAACCAGUCUGGUCUUAUCAGAAUAUGCCUCCACAGAGAUGAGCAUUCAUGCUCUCUACAUGCAUGAGAUUCAUAAGCAGCAGUCCCGGGGUGAGAUGUCUCGACACACCUGGCACAGGCAAGAGAGUGAUGAAAGCAGUGAGAGUGUCAAUGACGAUGUGGAGUUGGCCCGCAACUUUCCCCGUUCCAGCACUUUCCCAAGUGCCAGCACCACACACCAGGAGGGGGCAGCACUGCAAAACAGCAGCCAGAGGCACUUCAGUGGAACUGCAGAUUCUAUUUCUGGAAGCUCUCGAGUCCAGAGAACACCUCGUAUGCCUAUGGGAGGCUGGUCUGAGGAGACACAAAGGAGUCGGCACCAUGGCCCUGUUCCCGAGGAGGGGUCUGAGGAUGAGCUUCCACCACACGUCCACAAGGUAUAAAAACUUGUAGGUAUGAAGCAACACU